AUGGCUAUUGUCAAUGAGACUGGAAAACCGGAUAUUUUUCUAACGAUGACAUGUAAUCCAAAUUGGCCUGAAAUAUCGGAAAAUUUAUUACCAGGUCAGCAAGAUUCAGACCGACCAGAUUUAGUUGCGAGAGUUUUUGAUUUAAGAAAAGAACGUUUACUUGAUACUGUUAUAAAGAAAAAUUUUUUUGGAAAAGUCGCUUCAUAUGUGUAUGUUAUUGAAUUUCAAAAACGAGAUUUACCACAUAUGCAUUUAUUAAUUACAUUGGAACAAGGGUAUAAAAUUACCACGCCAGAAAUAGUGGACAAAUACAUAUCAGCCGAAAUACCAAUUGAAAUAAGAGAUCCACGUUUAUUUGACAUAGUUAUGAGAAAUAUGAUUCAUGGUCCCUGCGGUGAUUGGUGUAUGAAAGACGGAAAAUGCUCAAACAAAUUUCCAAAGGAAUUUCAAGAACAGACUACAAUGGAUGAAAAUGGGUUCCCACAUUAUCGUAGAAGUCAUGAUAACGAAAAAAACAUAUAG